AUGGCCAGCGAUCAUGAGGUAAUUUCCGAAGGGGACAUAUAAAUUUUGGUUUCUUUUUUUUUCUCGUCGUCUCGUUUCCCAGUUCAAUAUGAUGUUACCCUAUCAAUCAUUCCAUCCUUUCGUCGAAAAUUUCUUUGCCUUUCUCGGUCCAAAAAUUGUUUUUUUUUUUCUUUUAAGUGAAUGGAGUCAAAAUGGAAAAGUGGACAUUGAGCAAACAUUGGAGAGGGGAAAACAUUGUGAAAUUUGUAUUUUUUGAAAUUUCAGAAUUUUUCUUCGGUGAUGGCCGCCCACCGGAAGGUCCUCAAGCCGGUUGCCUUGCAAGGUUUCGAUUUUCCGAAAUUUUCAGGCUCAAAAUCACGAGUUUUGGAUCUUAAAGUAUGAUAUAUUAUGCUCAGAACCGUAAUUCAAAUCAAAAAGCAUCCACUUAUCAAGAGCUCUGAGAAUAGAAGUUUCUUCUAUUGUCUUUCUUCAUUCUAUUUUCAUUCAUUCUGAGUAGUUCAACUAAUUCCAAUUUUCAGUAUUAAAUUUGUAUGCAAGAGAUGAUUUUUUGAUCUAAAAAUAACGGGUUUUUCUCUUCAAAUAUUUUUUUUUAAAGUACUCGCUUUUUAGAGAAGCAUGAUCAUAUUUCAUAAACGUCUCGAAAUGAGAAGCCGUUUUAGGAGUAAUUCUAGAUCGUGUGGGGCUUUUGUGUCUUUCACUGAUCAUGAAAGAAUUGUUAUUGAAUUCUUGAACGACCUUUCGCAAAUUUUUGCACUGAAAAAUGUAUCUCGACGAGAAAAAAGUUCACCGUCACAUGACGAACUUUAAUCGAACCUAAUCACAUAAUCGUUUGGUAUCGUUAUCAAUCUCAUCAAUUACUUUUCGCAGAGAUUCACGAAGAGGUCGAAGAAAACAAACCUGCCGAAGAGACGACGACGGAAACUGAAGACCGCCCAGCGGCAACUGGCGAAGAAACGCCUUCGGAGCGGAAAUUGAGCCGAACGUCGAGUUUCGACGAAGAUCAGGAGAAGUUGGCUAGAAGGAUGUGAGCAGUGAUAUUCUUCUAAGAAGGAAUGGAAAACCAUAAACUAGCUUCGAAAAUAUGCUAUAUUUCAAGCGCAACCGAUCCAAAACCAAUCGCGAAAGUCGCUGAGUUUCAAGCCAUCUUAAGUGCGAUCAACUUAAGUGAAAGAGUUCUUGUGAUUGCAUUAAAACUCUGAAAAGUAUGCGAGUUUCGACUUCCGUAAGUUCCAGAAGGAGCAAAAGCGUCGGAAGCAGCUCUCAUCUUGCUCGGAGACCUUCAGAAGCCGAAGCUCCACAUCAAAAUAGAUACACGAGGGGCGCGGCUCCGAUUUAUGAGAAGUUUGUUGUAAAAAAUGUUAUGAAAAAAAAAUUUUAAAAAUGGCCAUAAUUAAAGUAUAAUGUUUUUUCGAACCUUGCUCUGAAAUUUAUGAAGUUAUUACCACUACCAUUUGGUUAGAGCUUGGGCAUUCGUUUUAGAGUUUCUUGAAACUGAGUGAAAAGUCUAAAUUCGAAUUUCGUGAGAAAAAGUCUAUUUUCAACUAAUGAAUGUGAAAAAAGUUCAGACAGCAAAACAAAAGAAACUCCCUGUACAGCAGCCAGGAAGCCAUCGACAGCUACUAUGAGAGAAAUAUUGGUACAAACUCUCCCUCUAAGUAAAAUAUUCAAAAAAAAAAAAAUAGUGUUCAGGAUGCGACCGGCCACUGGACAUUAACGGUAAACUUCCGUUUCGAGCUCAAAUUCGGCCCGGAGGCGACAAUUUGAGCCACAUGAGCACCCCCGGAGCACUGGGCGAGCCCGUGGCUCCAACUCGUCGAAGUAAUUAUGAGCUUCGUUAUUUAUAGUUGGUCGCGCAAAAUUAAAAAUGUGGCAUAGGGAAUGGAUUGAUGUCCAAAUCAGCUGAAAAAAAUUCCGCCCUUUUCCUUGAAAGUUCCGACCUCAAAUAUAUCUUUUUGCUGCGCCCGACCUCUUACGACUCGAACAGGUGUGAGACAACAGAAGGGUGAGAGAACCCGAGAAAGAUUCAUUUUUAAGGUGGAAUAUAGAUUAAAGCUCACGUCACUUCUUGUCAGUCGCAGUAGAUAAACGAUUUAAAAUGUUUUUUUUCCGUACCCGCCCUCUCACGACUUCUCAAAGAGCAAGAGGCAACACAGGGCGGAGAUAGCAUUAGAGAGCUUUUGACCUUAGCUGAAAAAAUAGUUCAACGCGCAAACCACUUUUUGUCAGGCGCAAGUUACCCAACCACUUUACUUUCUCUUCAAGACAUCAUGAUAGCGUUUCAAGUCGGAGUGAAUCUACGAAGAAGAAGGAAAAAAGAUAACAAGUCCUACCUAGGAUUCGACAAGUCGAUCUACUGGUUGUCGUUCAGCCAGAAUCGGGUCGGCUUCCGACAUUUAUUCUUCACGCUUCUCAUAUUUUCCUACACCAUGUUUGGUGCGCUGAUGUUCUACACCAUCGAGGGGAAAAAUGAACGCGAGGUGAGGGUUUUUUGAAGAGAUUCCAGAGAGAAAAAGUGUUCUCACAUCUAUAGCGUCUCUUCAGAACGUUGUUGAGCCAUCGUCUGUAAUCUCUCAUUUGCCUCUCUGAAGGGAUCAUUUUGAAUUGAAAUCUCUUAAGUGACCAUUUAGUUAUUUUUUCUCAAAUCUAGUUCAGUAUUUCUCCGAGUUUCAUGACUGCCUUAGGGAUCACUUGAAGUUUUCAAUAACUCAAGCUCGAGUUCCUGAAGCGACAACUUUAACUUAGGACUUGAAAACUCUAAUUCCGAUAUUCUCAUCCUGAUACGACUUCGUUCAUUCAUAACUUUCUUUUUGGAUGGUCAAAGUGAGGGAAGCGAACUUGGAGUCGCUGAUAACUGAGCUGGCGAUGAAGGUCGAAGCGGAAAUAAAUCAUCCAAAUAUUUCGACGACGCUGGAUUCGAUUCGCGGUUAUAUUCGAGUUGGUCUUUUUUUUUGGUUAUGAAAAAGUAGCCGCUUUAAAAGAAAGAAGUUUGCUCUACGGGGUUUCUGAAAUCUUAGCUUAAAUGUUCAUUGUGAUCUCGGGCCUUGGUAGAGCGAACCAGGCGCGCCCCGGGCGCUUCAGAGCACUGUAGGGAUUCCUUUAGCAGCGUCAGUUACUUGAAAUUCCCAGAAACGUCCGGAGCGCGUCCGGUUUUCGUUAGCGAGAGAAGGCAAAGAAAAGAUCAAGUUAGCCUUAGAGCGCACUUUCUAUUCACCAGGCUAGUUGUUGGAUUUUUUAAAUGUUUCGAAUCGUUUUCAUUACCUUUCUGUGACAUUUUGAAGCCUAUUCAUUCUUGGAUCUCUUUUAAAAAAAUCAAUAUAUCGUUUAUCGCGCCGACAAUUCGAUUAAGUUGAUUCUAUGCCGCUUCAAAAAUCAUUGGAAACUUCUUUUCCAGGACGCAUACAUUCAUUUGAUGAAGCUUGAGUCUCAAUACAAAGGCAGCACUUAUUAUAAGCUAGAAGAGCCGGAAAAGAACCUGAAAUGGACCUUGUCAAGCGCCUUUUUCUUCUGUAUGAAUGUCCACACGACGACUGGUUACGGUAUCAGAAAAAAAAAACAAUAAUUAAAGGUUCUAAUGUAAUCAAUUUAGGGUCGAUCGCCCCGGAAACUACCCUCGGACAAGUGCUGACCAUUGCCUACGCUGUCAUAUUUUUGCCGACCACUUUAGUGGUCCUUCGAGAUUUGGGACAGUUUUGCCUGGUCAACUCAACGAAGAUUUAUGCUCACUUGUUGACCCAUGUUAGGUUGGUGCGAAAAAAUAUUUUCAAAAAAUAAAAAAUAAAAAAAAAUAAAAAAGAAGCAAAUUUCAUUCUAUUUUCGCCUUCAAUUUCAAAAGUGGUAGGGAGUUAGGCUAUUGAGAGCUCGAAAAUUGUUUAGUGAGUUUAUAAAAAAAGUUUUGUAGUCAAAACUUGGAGGAAAAUAUAAUAUUUUUGAAGGUGCGGUUGAGAACAUACCAAGUCCAUAAAAAAUCAUUUAAUCAAAGCCUUCGAAGGUAUUUUUUCCGGAGGCUCAGUAGUCUCUUCAGAAGUUCUUAUUUUGAAAAUUAUUCAAAGAAAAAAUAUGAAGACCUUUCGAAUUCAAUUUAAAUUAUCUGUCCGAUCAUUUUUCGUUUCUCAAUAAGCACUUCUUGUAAAUAAACUCCAUCUUUCAAGAUCCAAGAAACGUGAAUAAUUAAAGUUAUCCAUUGAGCAGUACCUUACAGGAAAGCUCAAGGUAAAAAAGAGAUCGAUCACGACGAGAUCAUCAGCCUUCCCAUCAAGGCUUGCAUCUUCAUCUUCUUAGGUAUAGUCGAGUCCAAACAGUUUUUUUGCUGUUUGAAAGAAAGAAUAAAAAAAAAAGGAACUAGUCUAUUUUAUAGCCCUCUCACCACUGACUUGAGAUCCAACGAAACGUCUGAGUCUUUUAUUUUCACUCGCUGAUUCCUCUAUCCCUUGAAGAUGGUCUUUUGUAGUAUUGGUUCAUGUCAGCCAUUGGUCCAAAAAUGAAAAUUCUGGCUUGUCUGGACUCUUUUGUUCCCUCGCAAACUCAAGUUUGUUUCAGUUACCUGACUCCGAGUGAAAAAGAGAAAGCAGACAGUUAGACUCAUUCAAGUAGCGACAAAUAGAGUAUAAGAGCAAGUUGAAGAAUUUCCUCUUCUCCAGCCUACAUAACGAUGUGCACGACCUUCGUCUACCUCUACGACGACAUCUCCGGCCCCGACGGCAUUUCGGCCUUCCAAUCUUUCUAUUUCUCAUUCGUCUCCUUGACUACUAUCGGGUUUGGCGAUGUCAUGCCGAAUAAUGUCACGGUGAAGAUUUGUUGAACACAAAAGUAGCUGAAAGUGAGCUCCAAAUAUAAUCCUGAAGCGGAAAAGCGUAUUGUCAACCUUGGAGCGAAUUUCUCUGAUUUUUUGCAGCUUAUUCUUCUCGUCUUUUCAGACGGCUGUUCUUAUUAGAGCAUUUUUUUGAUUUGGCUUUCUUAAACAUAGCUCUUUUUUCCUUUCAUUCCUUUCUUAUGUAUUUACUUCUUCAGUUUGCACCGAUUAUUGCGAUCAUGUUCUUCAUUGGAAUGUCCCUCGCGAGGGUUGUCAACAGAACUACUUAUAUCGCUGUGGAAAAUGGCAUUUUUGGUUUGAAAACGUGAAAAAUUGAUUUUCAAAUACAAAAAUGGCGCUUAGGUACAAUUACGGUAUUGGAGAAUAGGCUCGACAUGCUGGCCAACUCGAUCGUUGCACCGAAAGAGGUAUUGAGAUUUAAGAAUCAAAAGGAAACGAGGCUUUUUUUUUAAAGGAACCCAGCAAGUCGCCGAGAAAAAUCAGCUUCGAUGUGCCGUCAAUGAAAGAGGUUGGGAAAUAAUGUCGAUCUGACGAAUUUUAAUAUAAAGCUCUCAUAAAUUUUGAGAGAACGACAGCUUUUGAAGAGACGCCAGGAAAAAAAGCUGCAAAAUCUCUGGCCUCUCUCUCUCCCCUGUUGAUUUCUAGUCUACUGAUUUUUCAAAUUUUAUAAGUAUUGUAGAAUUCAAAAAUAGGCUUUCUGUGACAAAGUCUUCAAAAUAACUUUCAAGAUGGAUUUAGGAGAUAAUUCAUAAAAAAAUAUAAUUGUAUUGGUUUCAACAAAUCUGUUUUUUUCGAAAGAUUUUUGUUUUUUUAUUGAACUUACGCAAUUCUUCAGAACACUUACUGUUUUUCAUGAUUUCCUAUAAAAGGAAUGUCGCCCAAAGUUGGCUAAUUCAAAUUUUAAGUCCUACGGGAUAACUACUAAAGUUAGAAACUCUUUUAAUCCUUUAAAACGCAGCGCGACCGCGACGCUUUCCUCCAUUUUUGUCUUUUUUGAUAGGAGAAACCGUACAAUUAUAAAUCCGGAAGAAAACUUCAGGAGGAGAGCGAAGAGCACGAGAUGCUGAACAACUUCACGAUCAAGUCGAUCGCCACGUUCAUGAAAUCGAACCGCGACGUUUACGGCGGCGGCUUCGGAAUGGUCCAGAUCCGACGCGGCGACCUCAUCAACAAUCCUGAAGCGAACAUGAACUCCCAAGAUGUUAAUAAUGUCAAUUCCUAA